GCCGCGCAGUCCCGGGGUCGCCCAGCCGGUCAGACCGGCCUCGGCAGCGCGCGCGGGGCGCCGGGCUGGGCGGCCCGAGGGGUGCAGGGAAAGGAGGCCGCCCCGCGCCUGCUGGGGCGGGAAGAGUGAGCAGGAUGGCAGCGAGACCCCGCUGACGCCGGCUGGGGCCACUGGCUGGGAGCGACAUGUGUCUGCGCAUAGGUGGCCUGAAUGUGGAUGAGUUCCGGAAGGUGCUGAUGAAGACGGGGCUGGUGCUGGUAGUGCUGGGUCACGUCAGCUUCAUUGCAGCGGCUGUACUCCAUGGCACCAUGCUGCGCUUCGUGGCUGCCGCCAGUGACGCCGUGGUUCUCCAGUACUGCGUGGUGGACAUCCUCUCCGUCACCUCUGCCAUUGUGGUCAUCGUCUCUGGAAUUGCGGCUGUCAUCUUGUCACGCUACCUCCCCAGCACCCCCUUGCGCUGGACGGUGUUUAGCUUGAGUGUGGCCUGUGCGCUCCUUUCUCUGACCUGCGCCCUUGGACUCCUGGCCUCCAUUGCAGUGACUUUUGCCACCCAGGGCCGGGCACUACUGGCAGCCUGUACUUAUGACAGCCCUGAACUCCCAACACUGGCACCUGAUUGUCCUUUUGACCCUACUCGAAUUUACAUGCUUGGGCCUCUGUACCCUCAGAGCUCUAGCCUGUGUCUCUGGGCCAUCUCUCUCAUGUUCUGUGUGGCGGAGAGCGUGUCUGCUGUGCGCUGCGCCCAGCUUGUGCAUCGGCUGCUGGAACUGAGACCGUGGUGGGGGAAAAGCUGCCACCACACCAUGCAAACGAACCCAGAGCCCCUAGAUGGCCAUGACCUACUGAGCUGUACCAGCUCUGUGCAGCUGACCAUCUGACACCUCGAGGGGGCCGAGGCUACUGAAGCAUAUGACCAAGCCUGGACGUGUGAUAAAGCCUGCACUGACCAGAGCCCAGGGAGCCAUGGAAGCCUGUUCCAGGAUCCCCCAGAACAGGCCGAACUCGAUGGACCCCUGGGGACCUGGGAGAAGGCUUUGAAUGUUCUCCCUGGCCACCCAGCACUCCGCACUGAAACAAGACUUUAUUUUGAAGUUAUUAAAAAGAACAGAGAUGCUCCAUGUGCUGCAUGCAGAGGGAGGUGGGGGCUUUGCCAGGGGCCUGCGCUUCUUUCCCACACAGAAUGCUGUGGAGGGACUCUGCGUGUGUGUGUGUGUGUGUGUGUGUGUGUGUGUGUGUGUGUGUGUGUGUGUUCGCACGCGCGUGCCUGCGUGUGUGAGUGGAAGAGCGUGAAAUACAGAACACAGAGGGUUAAAUCUGUGGUCAUUCAAAUGCUAAGAGGCAGGCUGGGCUUGGGGACCCCCAAUUGGAAUCCUGGGAGAUCUUUUUUUUAACCAUGGCCUCCAGUCAACAAGAGCUGGGACAGGAACCUUUCUUCUGCAGGGAAGUAGAUCAGAGAAUUUCCUCAAAGCCCCACAGCCCAGGAAUCCUCCAUGUCUCCCCACCAAACCAAAAGACUCUUCACCUCCCCUCCUCCCUCCAGGCUGAGGGCCACCCGAGGGGAACCUCCCUCCCACCCCCGCGUUGUGGAAGGGCCUCGGGGCUGUGGGUGGGUGGAAGGUGAUCCAGCUGUCUGAAUAACGAAUACAGAACGGGGACAGACUAAAACCAGAGUCAUCUCGGUCCCACUAAGGGGGAUCCUGUCUCUAGGGCCGUGGAUGCUAACGGCUGUCUUGCUUAGCCCCUACCUUGCAGGGUUCGCUUCUCCAGAGGCCCCCCCACAGUGCAGACCCCAGAAGGGGGUCCCCAGUCUGGCCCCCAGCCUGGAUAGACACGAGGGAGAGGAAGCGGAGGGCCGGAGGGCCGGUGAAGGCAGGGAGGCGGCGAGCUGGUUCCUCCCCAGCUCAGAACUGGGAGGCGCUGCUGGGGUCGCACUGCAGCAGGCGCACGAUCGAUGGGUCGCUUUUGGCCCCGCGGAUGAACUCCUCCAGGGACAG